AUGGUGGUUAAGGAAUGUCGUAUCGCUAUGCUUAUCAAUGAUAUGGACAUUUCUCAUCUCAUGGUUCAUGCCCAACAAAUCAAAGAGGAUAAACUUAAGGAAGGGUCUAGGGAGGCAAAGAGAGCUAAUAUCAGUGAUGUAACUUCUCACACUCGAAGUCCGGUGGACAUGGUCUUCCUAAGUUCUGACAAAGCCAGCACGGAUGGUUGCUUUAGUUGUGGAAAUAGUGGUCAUAAGAUGAGGGAUUGCCCAAUGCUUGCGGCUAAAGAGAGAGAAGGUAAACAACCCCCAUCUAGUGCUUCAGGUUCUAGUGAUGCAAAGCAAAACCAAUUCUAUGCACUUCAGACUCGUGGUGAACAAGAGGGUUCUCCUAAUGUGAUUAUCGGUAUGUUGAAAGUCUUCCAACUUGAUGUUUAUUCUUUACUUGACCCCGACACUACCUUGUCCUUUGUGACACCAUAUGUGGCUAUAAGGAACCUGACAUUCAGUAGCCCUAUGACCAUGUUUGUCACAAUUGAAGCAAUUUCCAGUGAACUUCUUCUUAGGAGGAUUGCUCUCGGUCUAGAUUCUUUCUUUCUUUUCCUCAACUUUGUGGGAUUUUCUUCUACAACAUUUGCUUAA